AUGGCCUCGCGCACCGACGAGGUCUCCGUGGUUGCCGCCUUGAGUGCCGUUGAGACAGUCCCACCUCAAUAUGCGGACAGCUUUCAGAACGUCACCCUUGUCCCUCCUGUCUCCGUGCGCCAGUGGAUGGAAACCUCUAUGUUUUGCUUGCAACACCGAAACGUGUCUGUACAGCGUCUCCUGCAGAUGCUCGAGGACACUGCCAAGGCGCUGAUGGAAGAGAGGCCGCCCCACAGCCAAUCCAUCACUUCUCUUCGUAGUAGAGGGAGUGAUGCCACAGGCGAUGGCGGCAACACAACAUUUACGGCAUCUGAUGUGACUUCUAAAGGUUUCGCUUCAACUACUUCUGCCAGUUCCACAUCAAAACAGCAGUUGGCUGCAAGAUUUUUCAUGUUGGCUUCUUACCUUGGAAUCAAAGAAGGAACCGUCUCUUCGCUACAUGCCGGUGUACGUUUAGCUGAAAUGGCAGUUGAUGCCCACCACUGCCCGCUAACCACCACUCACCUUGCAUGGUCUUUUUACCACCUUGGAUGUGUGGUGCAAGAGAGCGAAAGCCGAAGUACACUGGAGGCGAUGGCAGCGAAGCUGACAAGAAGCACAGCGGAGGUCAUUACACGGCGGGGUGCCACAUUUCCCACGGACGUGCUGCAUCUUAUGAAACUUGCCUGGCUUAUGGCCGUCCUUGGUGAGACACAAACAGCCUUGUCGCUGGUACAUAAAUUGUUGGAUGAAAAUAGGGCGGAUGUAAACGCAUUGGUGCUUCUUUCUCUUUUAUUCUCCGCAAAUGGGGAUUAUGAAAAGGCCCUGGAUGCGGCCAACCGCGCGGAGCGCUCGCAUCCGCUGCACAUUCCGGGAGGGAUUGUGUUAACCGCGAUGCGGUAUGUGACGAACGAUUUGCAUCAGCAUCAACGUGAAAACUUUGAGGAACUGCUGGCAGUACUUAUGGCACGCGUUCAGGCGACGGCCCAAUACACAUCAAUGCAAGUGACCUCUGAAGAGUUUUCACUUUCACCAGAAAUUGGCUUGACUGUCGUUGCGGAUGGAGGUUGGAGCAGUCGCUUACACGGAGGUUCUCGUGCAGCGGGGCACUGGGCUCUUUUGGCGCAUGUCGCUGUGGAAGUUGGUUGCCCCGCCGUCGCUGAGAUCGCGGUUAGGGCUGGAUUGGAGUACGUGACUGAGGCAAAGGAGAACCACAGCAGGGCCUACGCUGAUCUCAUUUGUUGUGCUGCGAGGAUAAAGAUUGAUCGCAUCGAAAAGCUUGUGGACGCGGUUCAUCAGAGUCACGGGGCGGCAGGAAUUGAAGACGACGUUUCUGAGUUGCGGUUGUUUGAGGAUGAGCGGCUGAUUCAGGAGCAGCGAACUCUGCUCGAUGAGCGGGAGGUACUUUCGCUGCGCUCCAUGUUGUGCACGGCACUUGAAGUGUGCACAGCACACGCAGAGUCAUAUGUCCAGCUGGGCCGUCUUCACCUUCUUGAGGCCCUCAAGGCCAAUCAGCCCCAGUCUUUUUGCGCCACGCGCCUGGUUGCGGCGUCGCAUUACUUCCAAUUGGCUAUUAACUCCAACGCGGCUCUCGGUGCCGCGCACGAGGGCAUGGGCCGUGUCCGUGAGGCACAGGGUGCGCUGGGGAUGAGUUUGGACUUUCUCGCCUCUGCAGCAGUACUCGCCUCCCGGCAGCCAGUGAUUCCGUUCGAGAAGUUUUUGUAUCUUUUCCUGUGA